AUGGCCGGAUCUGGCUUUAGCUCGCCCAGGCCUGUGUGCGGCGGGACGGCCCAGCCAGGUUGGCUCAUAUUCGCCGAGUUCUGCGUGCGGCGGUGGCAAGAUCAAAUUGGCAAUGCGACUCCACGGGGGAGGGCUGGAAGGCCCGGUGGUGGUGGCAAUGCCCAGGGAAGAGGAGGGCCAGCCACGAAGCCUAGACGCAAGAGAUUCAGGACUACCAAUGAUCUGCACACUGACCAGACUCGACAGGAGCAGGUCAUCCCUGAAGAUGUCGCUGAACAGGCUGAAUGUGCAGGCAGAGUCCAGCAAGACCUCGGUCUCAACAAGGAGCCUGCCAAUUUGAACAAGGCAGCCGGCGGCGACGAGGGCGGCGGCAGGGCUGCCGAUUGCUCGGGAAGGGGCGGUGAUAGUGCCGCCGACGGAUCAGCACAAGCGGCACACAAAAGGCUUCUGCACAAUCAAAUUGGCAAUGUGACCCCUUGGGGGAGGAGUGGAAGGCGUGGUGGUGGCGGUGGCACUGCCGAGGGAAGACGAAGGCCAGCUUCCAAGCCUGGAGGCAAGGGGUUCAGGGAUAUUGGUGUGCAGACUGACCAACUCCCCAAAGGCGCCGAUAGAUGUGCAGUGGGUGAAAAGCCCGAAAGUGAAGCCAUGAUAGCGCCAUUGCCUCAGAGGGUAUGCAUGACUUCAGAAAGCCCAGCUUCGAAGCCUAAACGAAAUGACAUCCCAGGAGCUAUUACUGAAGGUGUUCAGACCAUGACGAUAUCGCCGGUGCCAAAGAGGGUAGUAUGUGACCCCCCAGAAUAUAUAACUGGUAGGAAGUUAAGUAAAUGUAGCCCUGGCAAGGUCUAUGUUGGCAGACGAAUAAAUAUGCCUGGUGGAGCAUACGACGGUCGAAAUGCACACGAGGUUGCACUUAAAUUUGAGCAGCGGAAAAGCAGAGCAGGUUGCUAUGACACCCCAUUAGAGUGGAAAGUAUAUCAGACUCUCAACGGCUGUUAUGGCAUACCAUCGGUACACUACAUGGGUCGUCAAGGAGACUACCACACUCUUAUAAUGGAUAUGCUUGGUCCUAACCUCUGGGAUGUUCGGGAUUCACUGGAACAGAAGAGGUAUACCAUCCAUCUUUUCACGCUCUCUGGUUGUUCUCCUUACUACUUGCUGAAACCUGGAUCUGCUCAAGAAAAUAAGCUUUUUCUCAUAAAUUUUGGCUUAGCAUCCAACUGGAAAAGAGGAUCAUUCAGCAAGCAUGUUCAGUAUGACCAGAGGCCAGACAUAUUUAGGGGAACAAUUAGAUAUGCCAGCGUCCAUGCCCAUUUAGGCCGUACAGCUAGUAGGAGGGAUGAUCUGGAGUCACUAGCAUACACCCUUUUGUUUUUGUUAAGAGGAAGCUUGCCAUGGCAAGACUGUCAGGGAGAUAACAAGAGCUUUCUUGUUUGUAAGAAGAAAAUGGAGACUUCUCCAGAGGUGCUGUGUAGAUCCUAUCCAACUCCAUUCAAACAUUUUCUUGAGAUGGUUACUACUAUGAAAUUUGAUGAAGAGCCAAAGUACCAAAAACUUAUUUCUCUCUUUGAUGAUUUGAUCGAGAGACCUGCUUCAAGACCCAUCAGAAUCGAUGGAGCUCUAGAGGUUGGACAUAAACGUGGAAGAAUUGUCGGAACUCCUGAACAAGAUGAAAAACCUAUGAAAAAAGUUCGGUUGGGGAGCCCAGCAACUGAAUGGAUAUCUGUUUAUAAUGCUAAGCCACCCAUGAAGCAGCGUAAUGAACUAAUGACGACUUUCAUUGUACCUGAUAUCCUGGUGAAAGCAGCUAUCCGAAACAAUAUGAUUAUGCUUUUCAGAUAUCAGUACAUGUGGAUUAGUAAAAAGUGGAAAGAAGGUUUUCAUGUAACAUCUAUGGGCACUGCUGGGAGUCGUUGGGGUGUUGUCAUGUCGAGGAAUGCAGGAUACUCCUACCAGGUUGUUGAGUUAGAUUUCCUGUAUCCAAGUAAAGGACUCCAUCGGCAGUAUGACGCCGGUUACAGAAUAACCUCAUGUGCAGCAACGCCUGACCAGGCCGCUUUUAUCAUGAGCAGGGCCAAGAAGCCCAAGAAGAAACCGAUGGACGAAACACUUCUAACUUCUGCUUUCCCUUGCAAGGCUAUAAAGAUGUCAAAUAUUCAAAAGAGCCCCACAAGACCAAAAAUACUAAAAUACAAGAACAUAAUCGGUCAGAAAAAAGAUUACAUGACUCAGUCACAUAACCAGCCAAACCGGUUGAAUAAGCCCCGUGCUAGUGUCUCAAACGGCUGCACCCAAAAGUCAUAUGCCCGGGAGCGCGUCCACACACUAAAGUAA